CGGCUCGAAUCUCGUCCGACACAGAGCGGAAUGAAACAUCACUGUUUCGAUACAAUUAGUCCGUUCCAAGCACAGGUGGACUGAAACAGCCUUAUUUUGAAACAACGAUACAGUUUCUGUGUCUGGCUCGAGAUCGAAUCUGGUCCGGUUAUCCGAGACAGGGGCGGAAUGAAACACCACUGUUUCGAAACAGUGACCCACAGCCGUUCCGAAACACUGAAACAGUUCCACGUAUCGAUACACUGCAUCGAAACAUAGAAACAGUGGCCAAGUUUACUUGGUACUUGGUAGUAUUGUAAGUAAAUAUGGUGAUGUUGUUAUGGGUUUGAAAGUGUUGGCGCUAAUUGUGAUUUCUGGCAUUCUUCGAAGAGCGCUGCUAUUGUUUACUUUCUGGUAGCAUGGAAGAUAAACAAGAAAUAAACAGGGUAAAUGAAACAACAAAAAUGGUAAUCAGAGGUACGGCUAGGUAUACAUUGCGUUCAAAGAGAGAUGACGUUAAAACCGGCAAUGUGAAAGAAAAUUCGAAGGAAAAGAAAGAGCUUAAAAAGCCAGCUGCUGUGAGGAAACGAAGUCAUGUGAAAAUAAAUUAUGAGGUAGGAGAAACUUCUCAGUAUUUUGAUAAUACACAGUCAAGUCAAGAAAUAGUUGUAACUGAUGCACAUGAUGCAGACCAGGUGAAGAAAGGAAAAUGGGAACCCCAAAAUUGGCAACAAAUAUUGGCUAACAUACGUGAGAUGAGAAAAAACAGAGAUGCGCCUGUAGAUGACAUGGGAUGUGACAAGUGUAUGGAUGAGGAGGCUGCCCCAGAGGUAAUGAGGUAUCAGUCCCUCAUCUCACUGAUGUUGUCGAGCCAAACAAAAGAUCAGAUUACACAUGCUGCAAUGAUGAAGCUACGAAAGCAUGGACUGACAGUGUCUAAUAUAUUAGCCACUGAUGAUAAAGUACUAGGCGAACUGAUAUAUCCUGUUGGGUUUUGGAAGAGUAAGGUUAAUUACAUUAAGAAGACUACACAAAUACUAAAAGAUGAAUUUGGAGGUGACAUUCCAAAUACUGUUGAAGGUCUUUGCAAACUGCCUGGUGUAGGUCCUAAGAUGGCACAUCUCUGCAUGCAGGUGGCUUGGAAUGUAGUAAGCGGAAUAGGUGUUGAUACACAUGUGCACCGGAUAUCAAAUCGCAUUGGCUGGGUGAAAAAACCAACAAAAACACCAGAAGAGACUCGUGUUGCUUUGGAAUCCUGGCUGCCUCGAGAUCUUUGGACAGAAGUUAAUCACCUGUUGGUUGGAUUUGGACAGCAGAUAUGUCUACCAGUAAAACCACAGUGUUCCAACUGUCUAAAUCAGCAGUUGUGUCCCUUUGGGCGCACGCAGACCAAAACAAAGAAAUGAAACGCACACAUCAAAGGUGUGAUCUCUGAGUAAUCUGUUCAGCAUUAGCAACAUAAUUAAAUGUGAAAUGUGUGUGAAUGGAUUUUAAAACACUUUAGAGUGAAAACAGUAAUGAAAUAGCUGUACUUAUUAACAUAUCUGCAUUUCUUCUCUCUAUUAUCACACCGAUUGUGUGGGCAUUCCUAUUGACAUUUAAUGUGAGAGAUGACUUGAGCAGCUUCUUUAUUUUUGAAUACUUUUAGAUUUGUAAUGACUUUUUUGUAUCACUUAUGGAGAACCAUCGUGAUUUUCUCUGUUAGUGUUACAAUAUUUCAAUAAAGCUAUAUGUUUUUUAUGGAAAA